AUGGCAAACAGCCGUUUUACAACUUUUAGAGAUCUGGUCAAUAACCUCCAUCAGCACGUCCCAGUCCAUAUUCCUUCACCUCUAGAACAACCACGUCGUGCUGCUGUUGUUGCCAUUUUAAGAUGGCAUUGUUCCAGAGCACAACCUAGCCAGAAAGUACCAACAUCUAUUCAAGCAUUCUUUGAUCAAAAUUGGGUGAAAGAAGACAAAGAAGGAUAUGCAGAAAUCUUGUUUAUGCAAAGAACGGCACGCGCUGGUGAUAGAUGGUCAGGACAUGUUGCUUUUGUUGGAGGCAAAAAUGAACAAGGAGAAAGUGACCGAGAUACAGCUAAAAGAGAAGUACUUGAAGAGAUCGGUAUUGAUUUAAAUGAUACGUCUGUCUUUUUACCUGUUGGAAAACUAAAUGAAAGAGAAAUUUCUUCUAUCAAAGAUGAUAAACUUUUGAUGAUCUUGGUUCCAUUUGUUUAUCUACAAAUCGUGCCUGAAUCACCCAGUUUCCAGCUACAAGCUUCUGAGGUUGCAGCUGUACAAUGUAAGGAUACCUUGUGA